GUUUUUCAGUUCUUAAAUGCAAAAUGUGAGUCUGCAUUCCUUUCCAAGAGGAACCCCCGUCAGAUCAACUGGACUGUGCUGUACAGACGUAAACACAAGAAGGGGCAGUCAGAGGAGGUGCAGAAGAAGCGCACGCGCCGUGCGGUGAAGUUCCAGAGGGCCAUCACCGGCGCCUCGCUGGCCGAGAUCAUGGCCAAGCGCAACCAGAAGCCCGAAGUACGGAAGGCACAGAGGGAACAAGCUAUUAGGGCUGCAAAAGAAGCCAAGAAGGCUAAGCAGGCAACCAAGAAAACAGCUGUUUCUGCUGCAAAGGCUCCUACGAAGGCAGCACCUAAGCAGAAGAUUGUGAAACCAGUCAAGGUUUCUGCUCCCCGUGUUGGUGGAAAGCGCUAACUUCCCAAACUGCUAGUCGUGCUGAAUAAACAUCUGACUUCACUUU